AUGUCAUUACGCCUUUUGAUUGAUACCAACCUAUUUACCCUUCUUUCUACAUCAAACAGCCACCAGAAAGUCAAAAUACUUGAUUCUGGUGCCCAGAACCUGCUUCAGAAGCCAUUAUAUCUUGACAAUCUAAUGUUUAUCAACGAAUGUGCAGUCCUAUUCGGUGCUCGAUAUGGCUUAUCCCAAAACAGCGAACUAUUCAUUCUGCUGGCUGCUCUGCUCUCAGCUGCACUAGUGCUGUCAAUUCUGCUGCUCUGCUUGUACUUCUUCCGAGAACGGCAAUAUAAAGGCUCUUAUGUCACCCGGGAGCAUUCCCGGACGCCAUUGACAAUGACAAAUCAUAUCAGUUGCUCGUCAAGUACGAGUGCAGCCAGCGAACCGUUGACUCCGCCAAUGCCACCACCACCGCCAAAGGCAACGGCUGCUUAUUUUGGGAUAUAG